AUAACGCUGGUCACUUCAGUUUAUGCCCGACCCUGUCGUCGGUCGGAUCGGUGGAGGGAUCGCAGCGAGACAGAGACUGGUGGUCGACGAAGAAGACGAUCGGACGCGACGAGACGCGCGGACUCGCGUUAUCUUAGCCGCAAGCCAUCGAGCCAAGCGUAUCUGGUAAACCAGAGCGUCGCCACUCGCCGAUUUUCCUCGCUUGAUCAGGACGUUCAGCGGUGGAACCACUCGAGAAGCUGAACAAUGACGAUCACGGAGAACACGGAGUCGAAGAGGAAUUCCGCGGACGUUCGCAACGUGGUCGACGAGGCUGUCGAUCGACGUCCUCUGAACGGGGACACUCAGGAGUCCCAACGACCGGAGGAGACGUCGAAUUCGAGUACCGAGGGUAACCCGAGGAAGAACUCGUCGGUGAAGAUCGACGUGUCGAUCGUGAAAUCGAAGAGGACCGAUAAGGACGAGGAAGACGUCACGAGGAAGGACCCGGAUGCUGAUCGUAACGUGGUUGUUCCGCCGGAUGGGGGACUGCGGGCGUGGAUGAUCCUGAUAGGCAGUUUCGUCAUCAAUGGUAUACUCUUCAGCGUCAUAAACACGUACUCGUUGAUCUACCUGGAGUUGCAGAAGAGGCUCUUGGAGUCUGGAGAAACGGCCGCGUCUUCGAAAGCUGCCUUGGUAGGGUCGUUAACCAUUGGUACCACGUUCUUUUUAUCGCCGAUUUCUGGCAUUCUCACCGAUAAAAUUGGGAUUCAGACGACCACAUUUUUGGGUGGUGCUCUUGCUUCCGGUGGCAUGUUUCUAUCCUCCAUAUUGUCUAGCAAGGUGACAUUACUCUAUUUGACCUACGGAGUGAUGUACGGACUUGGCGCGAGUCUUGCCUACACGCCGAGUCUAGCGAUCCUGGGCCAUUAUUUUAAGAGAUACUUGGGCUUGGUCAAUGGAAUCGUCACGGCUGGAAGCUCCGUAUUUACAACCCUUAUGCCGUACCUGAUAGAAGUCAUACUUCGUCGUUUCGGACUCGAAGGGACUCUCAGGUUCCUGGCCAUGCUCACCGCGGUCGUUAUGGCGUGCGCCAUACUCUUCAAGCCGAUUCCACUAAACUCAGUGCCACGGGACAAACUGAAAUCCAAAUCGAACUUGAAAACUUGUCUGAGGCAAGUGGUGAAUGUCUCGAUUUGGAGGAAAAAACGUUACGUGGUAUGGGCUAGCUCUAUUCCCCUCGCUCUGUUCGGGUACUUCGUCCCGUAUGUUCACAUAGGGAAAUUCGUCGAGACGGUGUUCAAGGACGCGGAUGGCAAGCUACCGAUCAUGUGCAUCGGCAUCACUUCCGGUAUCGGGCGUCUCCUCUUCGGCUACAUCGCCGACUUACCUAGGGUGAACAGAAUAUUGUUGCAACAGAUAUCGUUCCUUAGCAUUGGUAUUCUUACAAUGCUUCUCCCAGUGACACCUUCGUUCAUGGUGUUGCUGCUGAUUUCUUUGGCCAUGGGGUUAUUCGACGGUUGCUUCAUAUCCCUUUUGGGCCCCAUUGCGUUCGAUAUAUGCGGUCGGGAAGGGGCGACACAAGCCAUUGGAUUUCUGUUAGGCAUGUGUUCUAUACCUUUGACUGUAGGACCUCCCAUUGCUGGUCUCCUGUAUGACCAUACCGGUAGCUAUGAUCUGCCAUUUUUCUUAGCCGGCAUCCCACCAAUAGUGGGCGCACUCACUAUGUUCCUGAUAAAAUUCGUGAAGGACGAAGAGCAGAAUACCAGUGUUAGUGGGAACGUAGGGGAUAAAGCUGCUUGUCAGAAUGGUCGGUAAACAGGCUGCUCGAGCACCGGCUUUCUGUCUCCGUGCCUCGUGACGACGGUCAGGCACGAG